AACUAUGUGUUUGUGUGUUAAAAUGUGAUAAUGUAGGCAUUUAGUAGAACCGCAUUCGGCACAUACAAUGGGUUUUUGUGAUCGGUUUAUUUCAGCCAUCAUCAAAUGCGCUUCCGUCAUUUUGUUUUGACAGUUCCCAUGGCCCAACGGACGCUGUCCCUUAUCAACAGCUCGUUAUCGAUCUUAUCGAAAUGACAUAAAUCUAUACAUUUUGAUAUGUCCAAUUGCUUGUUCGGUUGAGGUGUGAUUGCAAAUGGAAGCAGCCCCAGUGGGAGCAAACUAGCGCCACUGACCAGUCGGGAAAAUGCCGUACCAUGCUCUGGUGUUGGUGUACGCGUGAAGGCGCACGCCUGCGUCUCUGCGUGCUCGCCGCUCUCUGCGUUUUACUUUCUCGUUCACACGCGCGUGAGCGAGACAGGGAUGGGGCACAGACGUAUACACACAUACACAGGAAAAAAACAGGGAGAAAUAAAAAUAUACAGCCUGCUAUAAUGAAAGAACGAGAAACAAAAUAAAGGAGAGAGAGAGAGAAUGACGGUUGUGUGGUUCCGCACACGUUGUCAACCGGGUUCGGUGCUGUUGUGUUUGUGUGUAAAGUCAGUCUCGUCUCGGUCUCGGUGUGCGAAGAGAAGAGAAGCAGUUAGUCCAGUGUUGAAGUGUAGCCUGCCCGUGACGACGACGACGACGACGACGGCUGGUCGGGCACGAAAGGGCACCGAUUUUAUACAUCCAAGCCUCACAGCUCGGCUCUUCCUGCCUUCACCCCACUACCCCACCGCUCCCAGCAGGGUUGGGAACCUUGCGGCCGCUUCCUCGCUUCCGUGCGGCGGUGUAGUACACCUCGUGUCAAAAACAAUCAAACAAACAAACAAACCAACAAAUAACUUAAAUGAAACAAAAGAAGAAGAAGUAGAAAGAAAUCGACCAGCAGCAGUGCGGCAGAGGGGAAGGGAGGUGUUUGAACUAGUGUGCAGCUCAAGAAAAUUCACCCCGCACCCCCCUCUCUCUCUCCCUUUUUCACAAUCCCGCGCGUUAUCUCUUGUGUCUGUUGUGGUGUUGUGGUGAAAAUUCUGUUCUACGCGGGCUUUACACGCUCGACAAGUACGAGUGGGGUACUACUGCAUGCUGUGUGUGUGUGGCUACAUGCUACGCCAAUUUGUCGCCAUUAAACAGGCCGUUUUAGGUUUGUUUGUCGGUGGUGCAAUAGACGCGUAUCGUGCAGGUAGCCGCAGUUGUCAAAUCAAACGAACGGCUAGUGUGGUGUGUGUGCUCGAGCCCACGGGAGAGCAACCAGUACCGAAGGGUGUGAAGGUGGUGGUGGCGGCGGCGGCGGUGGGUACCACAGGAAAACGAUUUUGUGCGCGCGUGUGUGUGUGUGUAUUGUGUUGGCUUUUUCGCUAUUUGACGUAGUUGUCGCGCCUCAUCUCGAACCCGCAUCACGUUACCGAAACCGAGAGAGCGAGAGAAGGUAGUGGACUCCUGAAUCUCGAUCAUCGUGCUCGCGUCGCUUCCACAUCGACCCGGCCAAAUCGUUUGUUACCCGUUUGGUCGCGUACGAAGCACGCACGGAGCAAAGGAGGGAGCCAUGUUGUCCAUACGAUGUCGGCCGGUACGCAGCUGCAGAUGGCACCACAAACAACAAUAGUACAACAAGUUGGCCAAGUCGACCAAGCUGCAUCACACCAUCACCAUACGUCGCAUCAUCUCCAGCAGCAGCAGCAGCAGCAACAGCAACAGCAGCAACAAUCGCAUCAUCAUCAUCCGCAGCACUUUAACAGUGGCAAUCAGCAGCAGCAGCAGCAUCAUCAGCAGCAGCAGCAGCACCAGCAAGUGCUGAGCUCGCACCAGCAGCAACAGCAGCAGACGUCGGCUGCCGCCGCGGCAGCGAUUGCCGUUGUCCUGGGCGGUGGCGGCAGCGGUAACGGCGGCGGCGGCGGUGCGGGCGGUGGUGGUGGAGCAGCAGCGGGCAGCAAUAACGGCGGUACGGCGACGGGCAGUGCCAAGAGCAGUAGCAGCUCCCUGGUGGACGCGGCCCAGCCGACGACGACCACGACCACGACGACGGCCGGUGUGGCGGUAGCGACAGCCGGCGGCACGACGACGCCCGCCCUACAUCCUCCCAUACCCGUCGGUAGCGGGCUGCAGCAGCAGCAGCAUCACGCCCAUCACACACACCAUCACCACCACCACCACCACCAGCAGCAGCAGCAGCAGCAGCAACACCAUCAGAACAACAACAAGGAUCAGGACUCGAACAUGAGCACCGGCUCGUCCCACAGCGACAAGGAGCAGGACGCGAUCAUGAUGAGUGCGGUGGCGGCCGGGCUGGCCAUCGGGUCGACGCCCCCCUCGGAGAAGGUGUCGCGGGCGGCGUCCGAGCGCAAGCGCAAGCGGAAGGCACCGGACGACAAUGGCGGCCCGGGCGGAGGCGGCCCCGGGGCGGGGGGAGCGGCAGGCGGAGGUCAUUUUCGUGAUAGUAGAGAUAAUAUAAAGGGUCUGCGGCUGACGCUGCCGCCCCUCAGUGAUAAUAAGAAGAUAAACGAUUAUUUUUCUAAACACCCGGGGAUGCCGGCGGCCGCGUCGUCGCCCCGCGUGUCCAGUAGCACUAAUAGCCCGCUGGUCGGUGGCAUCACCACCACGAUCACCGCGGUCGGCAGCGGGGGUGGCAGUGGUAGCGGUGCCGCCUCAGCCGCCGCCGCCGCUGGCAACACUGCCGGCGGCAGCAACAGUAGCGCGUUAGGAGCAAUAUCCAACAAUUCGCCGCACGUGGAUCCCGGGGGCGGCGGGGGCGGUGGGACGACCGGCAGCACCGCUGGCAGUGGUACCGGCCCUGCCCGCAAAAGCCCCAACCCGCAGUAUCCCAUGUACCCCCCUAGUCCACAGACGACGCCGCUGCUGCCGGUGGGCAGCAAUGGCAACAACAGCAACAACAACAACAACAACAACGGCCACAACGCUGGUGCUGCGUCGGACCUGUUCACCACCGGCGGCAGCAGUCGAACGCAGCGGCAGCAGCAGGCGGCGGCGGCGGCGGCGGCGGCCGUCUCGUCCGCGCCCUCCUCGCCGUCGGUGGGCAACAACCCGGCCAGUGGCAACAACGCUUCCGUACUAGUUCCUCCAUCCGUCUCGACCGCCAUGUCGGCGGCGGCGGCGGCGGCCGCGGCAGUCGAGGCGGCGAAACAGGCGGCCGCCACCUCUACCCCGUCGGCGACGACGGUCCUGUCGCCCAUCAUAACGCCGCUGGUCAGCACGGCGGUGGUCAGCACGACCGGCACGGCCGUGCAGCAGCAGCAGCAGCAGUACCAGCCGGGAAUCGUGCUCGUGUCCAGCAGCAACAGCACCACCUCGUCGCUCAUGCACCAGAAGCCGACGGCAGCGUCGGCCAGUCAGCAGAAGCAGCAAACCGGCACCGGGCAGCAGCAGCCGGCGUCCGCCGGACCGGCGCAGCAGCGAGAUCCGCAGGCCCAAGCGCAGCCGACGGCCGGUGGGGCGACGAACAACCACACGCCGGGCACGGGGACGACGGCGCCGAGCAACUGCAAUGCGGCGGGGGCCGCCGCCGCCGCCGCCGCCGCCGACCACCACCAUCAGCGCGUGACGCUCGUGUCGUGCAACACGAGCAGCAACAGCAGCAGCAACGGGGGUGCCGCCGUCACCGCGACCGGGACGACCACGCCCAGCGGCGGCGACCUGGCGAGCAGCGGGAUCGGCAGCACCAACGUGCCGCUGACCACGACCACCGCGGCCGCCGCCACCUCGACGACGAGCAACAACAGCAGCAUCGGGGCCCAGACCAGCAAUUCCAUACUCCAGCUACCGGGCGGUGCGGUAGUCACCACCACCAAGUCAAUUGGGCAGAAGCUGCAGCAGCAUCAGGCAACCACCACCUCCUCCUCCUCCUCCACCAACACGACCGGCGGGCAGCAGAGCGACAGCAGUAGCAACAAUGGCGGCAGCUUCGGCAGCGGCAAGUUCGGGCAGCAGCAGCCGGGCGGCGCAUCCGCCUCGACCGGCGCGGCCCCGACCACGCCGACCACGCUGAUGCUGACCAAGUUCGUGCAGACCGACCUGACGCAGGCGGACAUUACCGAGCGGGACCACGACUUCGAGAGCAGCCGGACGCGGGUGGACGAGCUGUCCCGGCUGUCGGACGAGCAGAAGUGCCAGCUGAGCGUGCACCAGAAGGCGAUCGAGCAGCACAAGAGCCAGAUCAGCAAGUGCGUCGAGGUGGUGAAGAAGCUGCUGAAGCAGAAGAGCAACAUCGAGAAGAAGGAGGCGCGCCAGAAGUGCAUGCAGAACCGGUUGCGGCUCGGGCAGUUUGUGACGCAGCGGGUCGGCGCCACCUUCCAGGAGAACUGGACGGACGGGUACGCGUUUCAGGAGCUGGCCAAACGCCAGGAGGAGAUCACGGCCGAGCGGGAGGAGAUCGACCGGCAGAAGAAGCUGCUGAUGAAGAAGCGACCGACGAACAGCGAGGGCGGCCGCAAGCGCAACAACUCGUCGGCGACGGGCGGCGGUGCGGGCGGCACGGGCGGGGCCGGCGAUCGGGGCGGCACUGGGCCGGGCGGUGCGGGCGUCGGUACCGGCGCGGUCGUGGCGAUGGGCAGCGGCGGCGUGGUAGGCGCCAGUGCGGGCAGCGUCGGCAGCGGGGGCGGCGGAUCGGCCCUGCACAACGGCAACGACAGCACGUUCCUGAAGCCGGACCCGGUCGUCAGCAGCAGCAGCACGUUCACGCUGCAGGAGUACUACGAGUGCGACGAGAUACUGAAGCUGCGCCAGAGCGCGCUGAAGAAGGAGGACGCCGACCUGCAGCUCGAGAUGGAGAAGCUCGAGCGGGAGCGGAACCUGCACAUCCGCGAGCUGAAGCGGAUACACAACGAGGAUCAGUCACGCUUCAACAAUCACCCGGUGCUGAACGAUCGGUACCUGCUGCUGAUGCUGCUCGGCAAGGGCGGCUUCUCCGAGGUGCACAAAGCGUUCGACCUGAAGGAGCAGCGGUACGUCGCGUGCAAGGUGCACCAGCUCAACAAAGACUGGAAGGAGGACAAGAAGGCGAACUACAUCAAACAUGCGCUCCGGGAGUACAACAUCCACAAGGCGCUCGACCAUCCGCGGGUGGUGAAGCUGUACGACGUGUUCGAGAUCGAUGCCAACUCGUUCUGCACCGUGCUGGAGUACUGCGAUGGGCACGAUCUGGACUUUUACCUGAAGCAGCACAAAACCAUCCCGGAAAAGGAGGCACGGUCAAUCAUAAUGCAGGUCGUGUCGGCGCUCAAGUAUCUGAACGAGAUCAAGCCGCCGAUCAUCCAUUACGACCUGAAGCCGGGCAACAUCCUGCUCACCGAGGGCAACGUGUGCGGUGAGAUCAAAAUUACCGACUUCGGUCUGUCGAAGGUGAUGGACGAAGAGAACUAUAACCCGGACCAUGGUAUGGACCUUACGUCACAAGGUGCUGGAACUUAUUGGUAUCUGCCACCGGAGUGCUUCGUGGUCGGCAAGAAUCCGCCGAAAAUCUCGUCCAAGGUGGACGUGUGGAGCGUGGGCGUCAUCUUUUACCAGUGCCUGUACGGCAAGAAGCCGUUCGGGCACAAUCAGUCACAGGCGACGAUCCUGGAGGAGAACACGAUCCUCAAGGCGACCGAGGUGCAGUUCGCCAACAAGCCAACCGUGUCGAACGAGGCAAAGAGCUUUAUACGGGGGUGUCUCGCGUACCGGAAGGAGGACCGGAUGGACGUGUUCGCGCUGGCCAAGCACGAGUAUCUGCAGCCGCCCGUGUCGAAGCACAACCGGUCGUCCAAUGCGCAGAAUGCGCACGCCGGCGGCCAAAACAGCAGCAGCACCGGUACCGGCGCUGGCGGGGGUGGCGGCGGCGGCGGCGGCGGUGGCGGUGGAUCGGGCGGGUCGGGCGGGGCCGGCGGCAAUCAGAUCGGCCAGCAGACGUCCUUUUCCACCGGCAUGUUCGGCAACAUGAACCAGUCCAGCUCGUCUUAGCUAUUUUUCCACCACAGUAGCGGU